UUCCCCAUGAACAGUUUUUGCUUGCAACUACUGAGAUGAAGGGAGCCAACUUAUUUGUCCUGCUGUCUAGUUUAUGGAGUGCAGGUAUUGGACUUAAUACCACUAUGUAUUCUUGGGCCACACCUGAAGAUAAAAACUCUCAAGAGAAUAUGACCUCUGCUCCGGUUCCUCUAACUGAAAUGCAGAGUCUCCAGAUGCUUUCUACCCUUCAGAACGCCCUGGCUGAGGGAACCAAAGCUCCUGAGGCUCAGACUUCUGAACAGAGUAUUCUACAAUCAACACUGCUACAAUCAGCACCGCCUCCCUCCGAGGCAAGCACUCCUGAGGACGUGAGAAAUCCAGUGCUCACCCCCACCGAGAACACAGAAGGGGUAAAGUUGCAAAGCCUUGCUCUCCCUACCCAAUCUGGAAUCCAGCUCGGCCCAGGAGCAGAGAGCUUGGCCCUUUCCAAUGCCACACUGAGAUUUCUGCAGAGCUUUGCCAGAAAGCCAGAUCCACCGGCCAGCUCUCCCAAAUCAGAAGAAGGGGUGGGAAAUCGGUCUCCAAGAGAAACGUACCUUAGCCGAGGUGACAGCAAUGGCAACCAAAGACCCGGCCAUCAAAAAUCAAGUUUUGAAACGACUAGAGGAAAGAACUGGUGUGCUUACGUACAUACCAGGUUAUCCCCCACAGUGAUUCUGGACAACCAGGUGAAUUACAUUCCAAGUGGGAGAGAAGCCUGUGGCUGGAUCAACGGCUGUCCUCAGAGAUCUCAGAAGGUACUCAAUCCUGUAUACAGAAUGCAACAUAAAAUUGUCACCUCAUUAGAAUGGAGGUGCUGUCCAGGAUACAGUGGACCAAAAUGUCAGUCAAAAGCCCAGGAGCAGCAGCAACUGAUACACAGCAGCCAGGCUGAAAGCCACACUGCUCUUGACAGAGGGAAAGCUGAGAAGCUAGAGCAGCUGCAAGACUGUGCUGUGAUGCAAAAAUUGACUGACCAGAUGACCCAGGAGGCUAUGAAACUGACUCUUCUACAGAAGAAAGUAGACAAUAUCUCUUUGACUAUAGAUGGUGUAAACCGCAUGUACUCCUCCUUGGAAGAGAAAAUCAGUGAAGAUAAAGGGAAGGAAUUUCAAUCUUUUCUAAAAGGUCUAAAAUCCAAAAGCAUCAAUGAUCUAAUAAAGGACAUAGUACGUGAACAGUUCAAAGUCUUUAAAAAUGACAUGCAAGAGACUGUUGCUCAGCUUUUUAAGACUGUAUCAAGCCUUUCAGAGGAUCUGGAAAACACCAGACACAUCAUUCAACAAGUGAAUGAAUCUGUGGUCUCACUGGCCCUCCAGCAAAAGUCGGUUUUAAUGCAAGACAAUAGGCCCACUUGGACUGACAUAGUCGAUCUAAAGAACCGCAUGGUAGAUGUAAGGCAAGAAAUGACUUUUACAUGUGAGAAGCCUAUUAAAGAACUAGAAGCAAAGCAGACUCAUUUAGAAGAGGCCUUGAUGCAGGAACACUCCAGGAGCGUUCUGUAUUAUGAAUCACUCAAAAAGACCCUUUCUAAAAUGAAAGAAGCCCACGAGCACUCCUUAGAAGGCUCCGAACAGAAGAACGUGGCUGUGGCCCAAUCUGUGAGCCAUAAUGUCACCGCACACAUGACUGUUUUACAUGAGAAGAUAAACAAGCAAGCUUUGAUGAUGUUACAAAUGUCUGAUGAUUUGCACAUCCAAGAGAGCAAGAUUAACAACCUCACCAUCAGUUUAGAGCUGGAGAAAAUCUCUAUGAAGGGUGCCUGUGAAGAAAUGUUGUCUACAUGUAGAAAUGAUUUUAAGCUUCAACUCAGAGACACAGAAGAGAAUUUGCAAGUGUUAAACCAAACGUUAGCUGAGAUAGUCUUCCCAAUGGACAGCAAGAUGGAAGAAAUGAAUGAGCAGCUGCACGAUUUGAUGCAUGACAUGGAGAUGCUGCAACCUUUGCUUGAGCAGGAAGCGUCACUCAGAGAGACAGCCACCCCUGAGCAACCAAAGGAAGCAGUGGCCACAAGGAAGAAGGUAGAAUAUCUGAUUCAAGCUGUCAACAGUCUAAAUUCUUUCCUCAAAGAGCUUACUAAAAGACACAACGUACUUCGAAGUGAAGUACAGACUCGUGGUGAUUCCUUUGAAAGACGGCUGGGUGAGUUUGCCCUGGAGAUGGAAGAUGGCCUCAAUAAGACGAUGAUGAUUAUCAAUAAUGCCGUUGAUUCUGUUCAAGAUAACUACGUGCGCAAAGAGUCUUUACGCACAGAGUAUGAUCUGCAAGUCCACCACAUGUGUAACGAAAACAUGGAAACCAUUUUGACAUGUAUUUCUCAGUUCCAGCGCUUGAAUGACUCUAUCCAGAUUUUGAUCAAUGAUGAUCAGAGGUACAGUGUUGUUCUACAAGUUGCUAAGGUCCUCGCAGAUAUUGCUAAAGACAAGGAACACAAUCAGUCCAGCUUUCAAAAGAUUUAUCACAUGUUCGAUGAAUUCAUCUCCCAAGUGAAAAACUACCAGCAGAACAUGACUCGUUUGGAAGAAAACAUAAUCUCAGCUACUAAUAGUUCUAAAAAAUGCGAAACUCGGCUGCAAAGCAUGGAAUCUAAAGUGACACAGACACUCGUACCUUAUUACAUUUCACUUAAAAAAAGUAGUAGUAUGGCUACAAAUGAGAGAGAUCAAGCUCUUCAACUGCAGGUAUUGAAUUCCAGGUUUAAGGCACUAGAAGCUAAAUCCAUUCGUCUUUCAAUGGGUUUCUCUUUGCUUAACAAAACUGUCCAGGAGUUUUUAACUGUGUGCCGUAAUGCUUCUGUAGAUGUAUCUGAACUCAACGCUACCCUUCCUAAGUGGAUCAAAGGCUUUGUGCCAGGGAGCCAGCUUUCUCAGAAAGGGCUCACAGAAUUUGUGGAUUCAAUCAUUGAAAUAAAAACUCAAGCUGCCCUAUCAAACUUAACUGGGUACAUUGAUCGAUUGUUGUCGGAGGGUCUGGCAAAUGUUGUCAAGUCUCAGAAGCAAGUAAAAUUGCAGAAGAAACCUAAUAUGUUUAAGAAACCAACAGUGAAUCUGACAACCAUUGUAAUAGGGCGGACUCAAAGAAAUACAGACAGCCUCAUAUAUCCUGUAGCACAAGAAUCUUCGGGCUGUAGCAGGUUCCCGUGCCUCAAUGGGGGCACCUGCAUAAAUGGGGUGUCGAGCUUCACCUGUGCCUGCCGACAUCCGUUCACAGGAGACAACUGCACAGUCAAGCUGGAGGACAAAAACGCGCUAGCCCCAGAUUUCUCCAAAGGAUCUUAUAGAUAUGCACCAAUGGUGGCAUUUUUUGCAUCUCUUACAUAUGAGAUAACCACACCUGGCCCUAUCCUGUUUAAUGAACUGGAUGUCAACUAUGGAGCUUCCUAUAACCCAAGAACUGGGAAAUUUACAAUUCCUUUUCUUGGAGUGUAUGUUUUCAAAUAUACAGUUGAGUCAUCUAGUGCUCAUAUCUCUGGAUUUUUAGUAGUUGAUGGAGUAGACAAGCUCACAUUUGAAUCUAAAAAUAUUAACAGUGAGAUAUACUGUGAUAGAGUUUUGACUGGGGAUGCAUUAUUAGAAUUAAAUUAUGGACAGGAAGUUUGGUUGCGUCUUGUAAAAGGAACAAUUCCGGCCAAAUUUCCCCCAGUUACUACAUUUAGUGGUUAUUUGUUGUAUCGUACUUAGUGUUAAAGACAGACUACUACCUUUACCGAGAACUAGCCUGUCUUCAUUUAUUUUCGCAUGCACAGGUGUUCUGUUUGAAGUUUUCUACACUAAAUGAAAAACUAGCUUUCAAAAAGAUCUGAAUACAGCUUUAUGCUUAUUUCAUAAAAAUACUUGGGUAGGCUGUAUAUGAAAGUUGUUCCUAAAGAAAGCUACAGGCACAGAAAACCAACCAUGUUUGUUAACAUUAAUAUUCCUAUCUUUAUUCUUCAUUUUUAUCUCAUUUCAGUAGACAGUAGUAUUUUACAAUUUCAGCCACAUUAUGUUGUUGGCCACAGUAGUCUUUCUAAUGAAAUAUUUAACUUACGUUAAAAUCUAUAGUUAUAAAUGGAUAGCAAAUAUUUCCUAGAAUAACACACUCAUUAAAACGUUAAAGACAAAAUGGUAGUUUUUGUGCUUUUAUUUUUACGGAUGAGUUUUACGCAAUACAUUUUCAUUUUUAAUAAAAAAUAAAAAGGUGAAGUAGAAAUGUGAAAUAUGCAUAAGUUAUCCUCUUUUGUAAUUAGAGGAUGAAGUAACAGAUGACAUAUAGUUUGAUGUUUAUUCCUAAUUCUUCUAAGCUUACAUAUAGAUAACCAGAAUGUCAGCUGUGGAACUUCAUAUAACCCAAGGAAUGGAGAAUUUUUAAUUUCAUAGCUUGAUGCAUGUUUUCAAAUAUACCAUUGGGUCAUUUAGUGCUCUUGUGUACUUUAAAAAAAUAAACCUAUGUACAAUAAGAAUUCUAUUUCAGUACAUGCAAAUCUACCCCUUUUCUUAUAAAGGGUGACUAAGAAUUAUGGAGUAUUGCUAUUCCCUGGUUCCCUGUCAAACAACUUACACAUCAUAUCUCAUGGGCUCUUCACAGUAACUCAUGUAACACGAGUUUCAUUGUCAUUAAUUUUGUAAUUGACAAAAUAAAGGCAUGGCCAAGUUAGGGAGCGGAUGGAUGUCCACAGUCCUUAAAGACUUAGGUCUUCUUUGAAUCAGGCCUUGUCUUGUCCAAAACUGCCAUCCAUCCUUCUUCUCUAUCUAUUGCUUCCCACGGAAGGACCAAAAUUUCUUUAGCAAUCCCUUAUUUUUCAACAUGUAGACUGCUUCCAAUUUUUAUUAUAAAAUAUCAUUGUAGUAAAUAUUUUUAUAAAAGUAUUCCUUUCAUUUUGACUAAGGGUUUCUGAAGUAUAGAUUAGUAGUAGGAUUAAUAGUAGAAAUAGUAGUAGAAAAAUAAUAAUAAAUGAGAUUUGGUACCAUCAAUGUUUUGCAUGUAUUAAAUGACUUAAUGCUCAUGGUAGUCCUAUGUUAUAUAUUGACCUAUGAAAUACACUGUAAGGUGUAUAUUAUUACCCUCUUUCUGUCUGCUCAUGAGAAGUAGAGUCUAAGGCAAUUUACCAAUAUUAUAGCAAAUGGAGAAUAUCUAGAACAAGAUAAACAUCAUCUUCAAUUUCAGUAAAAUAUUCUACCAACCUGUUCUCUGAUUGACAUGAAAUUAAAAAUAUUAAAAAUGUUUUCUCAUUGACAUGAAAAAGAAUAUUUUCUGUAUCACACACAUUCUUUACAAGAACUCUCCAAUUCCCCAGAAAAGGUAUUCUCCUUUUUUUCUUCUUUUCUUCCCCCCUCCCUUUCCUGAGACUUGAACUCAGGGCCUAGGUG